GGGUUUCCUUGAGCCAGCUUAUGAUAUUUUCUACGAACAUUCAUUGAACUUAGGUCAUCAGGGAGUCCAGCCCUGCUGGCCUGAACAAAGAAUCAUUUUUCGUCACAUUGACUCGAACACGAUGCUGACCCAGGUCAACCUCGACGUGGUCAUGGUUGUACAAUGUACUCAGGAAAGGUGGAAAUCCUCCAGAAUGGCAGCAGUAACAGCCGGGGACUCAAGUACUCGAUGACAUACGCACAAAUUCUCGUUACCCGUAAUCCACCAGCCACAAAGCCCAGCUGGAAUGGAGACUUUGUAAACGACACUGGGUUUAGUCACGUGAAUUGGUCCUGGGCACUUUUCCUCUUUGGUCUGUGGACUCUCUACUACUACUACUACUAUUCAUAGUGGUUGAGUUUCGAUACAACUACUAUUGACUUUCCAUCGAACAUGUCGUACGGUCUCUGCUCUUCCCAUCACGGUAGCUGCCCUUUCGCGUGAUCAGUGAGGCACUACCACCAGUUUGGGACAUGGUAUGCUCACAGCAUAGCUCCUCCACAUACUCGCCGCGUUAUUCUUAUUUGAGAUGCUUGUCCGCGUCAGAGUACACGACUAUUUCGGCAGAAGCUCGUCAAUCCGCUUGCCAUUGCAGUGAUCAUAUCAUGACCGAUCUGGCAGUUAUGCGCCCCGGGUGUCUCCAACUAACCAACGACUGAGGCUCAAGAAAUGGCGCCCCGGGGUCCGACGUCCGCUUUCGAAAGCGAAACAUUUGGGCAAGAUGCAUCCUUUCGACUCGAGCAGCCCGUGGGGUCCAUGAGCAUCUCACCCAGUGGCCGGGACGUCGCAUUGGCUUCUAAAGAGGGGCUUCAUAUCAUAGACCUGGAUUCGCCAUAUUCUCCACCUCGCUACCUUCCGCACCGGACUCCGUGGGAAGUAGCCGAUGUUCAGUGGUCCCCGUUCGCCGUCCGGGACUAUUGGGUAGUCAGCACUUCGAAUCAAAAGGCCCUGGUAUGGAACCUUGAGGCUCGCUCAUGGCAAGACUGGAUCGAAUUUGUGCUUCAUGGACAUACCAGAGCAAUCACCGACAUCAAUUUCUCCGCGCAUAAUCCCGAUGUCCUCGCGACUUGCGCAGUGGACAGCUUUGUUCACUGCUGGGACUUGAGGGCACCUUUGAGGCCAGUGAACUCGUUUUCGGAUUGGUUUGCUGGUGCCACUCAGGUGAAAUGGAGCAGACAAGAUGAGCACGUUGUUGCCAGCUCGCAUGACAAAUUUCUCCAUAUCUGGGACGACAGGAAUGGUGCCUACCCAGUGCGAACGAUCCAAGCACAUGCGACGAAAAUCUCAGGGGUGGAUUGGAACAGAUACCAUCCCGGCAAGAUCAUCACAUGCUCUCUUGACAAGACCAUCAAGUUUUGGAAUCUUAACCAUGAAGAGAACAUGCCUGAGCGCAUUAUUGAGACUUCAUUCCCUAUCCGACGGGCUCGUCAUACUCCUUUCGGCUGGGGAUUGCUGGUUAUGCCACAACGCGGGAACAGCGAUUUGCAUCUCUAUGACCGUCGGCCGGUCAAUGGAGUGCUUGAAAGCGGGCCUGUCCCGCCAGUUGCGACGUUUGCCGGCCACGAUGGUCAUGUCAAGGAGUUUCUCUGGCGUUCACGAGGUACGAUAGCAGACGGCGUGGAUCAUCGCGACUUCCAACUAGUUUCCUGGGGUACGGACAGAGAACUAAGACUUCAUGCCUUGGACCCCAGCAUAUAUGCCAAUGUUGGCUACGAAAAAGGAGUUUCCAAGGUGCAAAGGCUCAAUUUCACCCGUAGGGGUGCGAUUUACAAGUCCUUCCGGGAUGAUCCUGCGGACAGUGAUUCACCGCUGGAGCAGCCCCCUCGCAGUGAGAUGUUUCCUCGUCCUAGCCAGGUCAUGCAACUGCGCUAUCGGAUGAGCACGAGCGCGGCGAUGAAUAAAGUACCUGUCUCCCGAUUUCGAAGUUGGGUACAAGGCCGUCAGACUCACAGACAAGGCAUGCAUGGCCGCGCUAACGCCAGACAGCGGGCAGAUCCCAUCGCAUGGCUGAAAAAUGUAAAGAUAUCUUCUUGGGACACCGAUACGCUUGCGGAAGAAAUCAGACAGGUUGGGGAGAAGUUUAAAAAGGUGGACUUUGAAGUGGUGGAUAUCUCCCGGCGCAAAGCUGUAAUGUCACUACAAGCUCCUUGGGGUGAAAACCAAAGCCAAGUCUACCUCCGAGUAGAGAUGCGAUUCCCGAAGUCGUACCCUCGAAAUGCGAAUGCUGUCCUCAGUUUGCAGAAAUCUGGGUUUGUCGACGAUGAGACGCACAAGCUCAUUUCAACCGAGCUGAACACCAUUUCCGAAAUCUAUGCGUCAAGGAAGAGGGGAUGCCUGGAAGCCGUUCUGCGGUAUCUUCUGCGCGAACAGGACCUCGAGCAGAUAAUUGGUUGGGUCUUGGGAGAUUCCCUGACGGAGUCCAAGGUCUUGGAUGCAGCUGCCGCCCCAGCAGAUGAUUCGAGCAGCGAUGAUGACGAGCAAAUGGACGGCAUUCGGGAUGGACUGGAGGCGUCUGCCAAUAUCCUAGUGCCUUUGGCCAAGGGUUGUGGUGCAAUAUGGUCACAAACCGGGAAGCUUGUGUGCUUUUUUCCAGCCAAAUCCAAGGAACCCAUUUCUUUGCUGAGUACCCUCGGUCUCAAAGACUUGGAGAAUUCGGACUCGAGCGGGCUAUUCGAAGGCUUUGGACGCAUGCACGCCAGUUCACCUGCACGCAGAGCAGCCGCGAGAACCAAAAGUUCUGACGAGGACUCGGAUUCCGGAACUUCAGAUUCCUCAUGGCUGUCGUCUAGCAGCUCCUCGUCGUCGUUCGAGACCGAGCAAAACGCUCGAGGUGUAUCCUCCUAUCCGGUCGGUGUUUCCGGAUUGCAUCAACGUUCUCGCUCACCGGAUCGUUCGAAUAACUCCACGACGGGUCUCAAUAAACUGAACGACAACCCGCGUCUUUGUUAUAUAUCCAUUGAGAGCUUCGAAAACUUGGUACCAUCCAAGCGCGAACUAGGUCUUGAAUACAAGAUCUUCGGUGAUGGCCCACAGCUGUGUAAACACAACGCCGGUAUUGCUCGCAAAGCAUGUUUAGAAGACCUGGCCUCCGUCUGGACUCUACUUGGCCUGAUUCUGGAUGAUACUGUCCCAUUAGAAGUACUUCCUGAUCUCAGCCAGGGUGCUCCAAUUGAUAUAUCAGUCCUUGCACGGAGCGUGGUCACAAAGUCAUCACUGGGGUACAGCUCUGCUGGUGUUGUGGGGAACAAAGCAUUGGGUAGGACACGCUGGGGCAAUCAUCCGUUGGCAUCGACUUAUCUAUUGCCCGCCAUCUUUGACCAUUUUGAGAGGUUGGGAGAUGUUCAGAUGCUGGCCAUGAUGUCCUGCGUCUUUGCCUCGGUCGCCAACCAGGGCGCAAUCCCUGGCGACCCUGUCAUCGACCCGUGCGUUGGCUUUCCUAACAACGCUCCGUUUCCGAGGUCAGAUUAUUUUCCGUCCAAAGCAGUAGCCAAAGCUUUUCUCCAGAACGAUUUAGCCUCCGAAGGAUACGUUCUUGUUGACUCAAUGAAUGCUCCUCCAAGCCCGGGAAUGCACACGACAGGAAUUCACCCUCUUCAUGGCCAGACCAGACCAUACAACAGCGGCGCCCGCCAGACUAGCCAAUUUUCGUCCCGCGCACAUAGCUUCAUCGCCGACGACGCAAGCGAUCACGCACAAUCUCAAUCAACGACAAUCUCCCUGUCCACUUCGCCUGAAGGAAACAGGUCCAGCCACAGACCGGCUUCCAGUAUCCCAUAUUCUUCUGCCCGCGCAAGUCUCUCGGCAUUGACACAAUCGUACUCGUCGAAUUCACCGCCGAACCAGAGCUCAAGCUCGGGGGUUGCUCCGGGCCUCAAGAAGUACAGUCCUUCAGGGUCGCUGGCACCCGGCUGGGUGUCUUCCAGCCUCUUUGGGGGUCAAAGCAGCAGCAGACAGCCACGUACCUCUUUUCAGGGCAGUGAGGCGGCGAGUCAAGACAGCCGCGAGGUGGGCCCGCGCCCGUCAAUCACAUCGUCGGCGUUUCGGAAUUCACGGAAGGACAGUGCCCGGCGAUCAGGGAAUAAGGGUCAUGAUAGUCCCAAGCCUGUAGCAGGAACAUCCUCCGAGGUCCAGGGAACUACAGAAGAAAAGAAAGUGCCCAAAAGGAAGCGGGUCAAGACCCAUCUGUUCAAUCAAGACAAAUUUGACCUAGACGGAUAUGCUCUGUCUCCCCUGCUGGGCCCCACGCUCGAACAAAGAUGCAGCGGUUACCGCGCAAGCUAUGCAUAUCUGCUCGACGUGUGGCAGUUGCCCAUCCAACGCUGUGAGAUGCUCAAGUUUGACGGCUUGUCCGCUGAACAUUUGAGCGCAGCCAACCAUCACUUCCCUCCGGGUCCUCAUCACCUGCCCUCGGUUUCCGCCGGCAUGCAUCUAGAAAGGCCUCCACGACGCAAGACGAUGACGGCAACAGCCCGAGCCCCGAGCCCCGGCCUUACCAUCCUCCGCUGUUGUCGCCACUGCGGAGACCCAUUGGCGCCCAUUGAAAAAAACGGGAUCCCCAUCGGUUGGCAGUGUGUCAAUCCGGUGUGCAGCGCGGCGCUCAAGGUCCCGGAGCGGAGCACCUGUGGGGUCUGCAACAGUUCGAUCGACGGCCUCGCAGUGCCCUGUUUGCAAUGUGGACACUUGACAUGCUACGACUGCGCGCAAGGCUGGUUCGGCGUUCGACGGAUCAGUAAGAGCGGGACGGAUAGAAUUCCGAUCUCCCGCAGGCCAUCAGCAGAAGAGACAACGUCGCCAUCAAAAGAUGAUCCGGUCGACGUGGUUGCUCACGGCGGGAUAGCCAGGCACGAUCAAGCCGACGAUGAUGAUCAUAUUGGCGACGCUCGGGAGGACAAGGACCCGGACCACGACGAGGACCUGGACGAGCACAACAGCUGUCCCACCGGCUGCGGAUGUCCCUGCGCUAGCCUCAGCGUUGUCAAUGCACCAUCCCCGCCAACGGCCCGUUUUCUACUAGAAGACAAACCCGACUCAAACGUGGACUCAGAGGCCCGGAGUCAAGGACUCGCUGCCGCGCCGCCACCCAGCAGCAGUCGUGUUCGCUCCGAACUGCACCGUUCGGCGAGUGAGCUGACCCCAGGACACGGUGAUCUAACUGCGGACGCAGCUUUGGCUGCCUUCCUGGCCUUGACGCAAAGACAUCAGCGGGCCAAAUCCACCACCGCCGCCGCGUCUGGGAGAAACGGCUUACACAGUGGGGGUACUGACAUGCAGUCAGGAGACGAUCCCUCCGGCGGAGGUGGAGGCGCAGAGGAAGCCGUACGCGACGAUGACGACGACCACGUUUCAAAAGCGUCGGCCGCAGAAGACGACGACGUCCGCUUCAACCCCUGGGUAGGGUCCAAGAUAGCCACGUUAGGCCGUGGCAUUGGCGCCGGACUGAGUCGCGGCUUGAGUUCGAAGCCAAGUGAUGCCACAAUCCGGAGAAUAAAGUGAUUGCGGUCAGGUCCAAUUAUGCGCCAAAUGGAGUUUCGCUUUUCCGGCAACCUCUUCUACUAUCACAGUCGAUCGAUCAUAUCGGGGACGGGAUGUCACUGGAAACGGAACGCGCAUGAAAGAGACCUGGGUUUCCUGCAUUUGGUUUACCAGGAAAUGGAGUAUUUGGUUGAGCAAUGUUCGUCGCCAAUCCGGAUAUUGAUUCUUAGAGGUCGCUAGUCUACGGCGAAGCUGCUUGAGUUUUGUACAAACAUGUCGUGUACUAUUGAAUAGAUCAUUGGCAGACGCAUGGUCUGGGACGAGGGCAACGGAAAUGAGGCGAGACAUGCAAUACCUUUUGUCUUGUUGAUGUUGGAUGUGUUGAUGGAUGUUGAGGAUUUCGAUGACAGGCGUGCCUUUAUAUUGCCUGGAUAGCUGAAUUGUUAUCGUCGUCACGGAUAUCCCCUCAGGAGAUUUGGGAUUUGCCAGCUCAACAUGACAAGUCACGGUGAGCCGCAAUGCUUUACCCCGUGUAUGAGAUAAGACACAAUAAGACUGUGCUCAGAAACGCGUGAAGGGUGAGAAACGCAGAGAAAGUGCAUGAGAUAUAUGCUCAAACUGCAGCGAGCGGCCUGGCCGCCGUGUACUAGAAGGACCUUGGCUUCCCUACCUGAUAAUUUUUGUUCGAUUCCGCAUUUCCAUCCAUGCAGACAACUAGUAAGAGAUAUAGAUAUGCUCCUUUCCAUGGCCUUAUGUCAAAAACAAUACUCAUGGUAAUAUUAGGGUAGGGACCUUUCCGGAUAAUAUCGCAAGGGAGCAAUGAAAGACUUCACGAAGCCGCUGAGUGCUGAAGAAGCACAACCCUGCUGCAAUCAGAUAUACCUCAAAAGGUAUCCUAGCCUCGUUCAUCAGGCAGUGAUGAGCUUGACUCAUGCACAC